AAAAUAGUCCGGGUAGACUAUAAUUUUGUUUUUUCCUUUUUAUUCUUGGAAGGCAAGAUGGACGGAGCUCCCGAAAGAGGCGGAGGACUCCGCUGCACGCUGGAGUUUGCUGUCGAGAUGACUUGUCAAAAUUGUGUCGAGGCGGUCCAGAAAACACUGCAAAAGACACCAGGCCUCCGCAUAGUUGACAUCCAGUUGGAUUCCCAAACUGUCCUGGUGGAAACAAGUCUUGGUACCGAAGAAGUCCAGAACCUUUUAGAAACUACGGGACGCAAGGCUGUGCUGAAAGGAAUGGGAAGUAAUGUUCCAGGAUUGCUCGGCACUGCCGCCGUGGCCAUGGUGUCCGGCCGUGGACUGAUCCAAGGCGUCGUGAGGUUCCUGCAACUCUCGCCCGAAAAGUGUCUUGUGGACGGCACAGUCGAUGGUCUUCAGCCGGGGCUGCACGGGCUUCACGUCCAUGAAUUUGGAGACCUCAGCCGGACUUGUGACAGUUGUGGAGACCAUUUCAAUCCCAAAGGGGAAUGCCACGGAGGCCCCCAGGAUCUGCACAGGCACGCAGGCGAUCUUGGGAACAUCUUGGCCGCUGCUGAUGGAAGAGCAUCCUUUCGGAUGGAAGAUCCUCAGCUGAAGGUGGACGAUAUAAUCGGCCGUUCCUUGGUGAUAGACGAAGGGGAGGAUGACUUGGGCCGCGGGAAUCACCCUCUGUCAAAAAUCUCGGGAAAUUCCGGGGAGAGAGUGGCCUGCGGAAUCAUUGCUCGCUCAUCCGGCCUCUUCCAGAAUCCCAAGAAAAUAUGUACCUGCAGCGGAGUGACUCUUUGGGAAGAGCGGGAAAGGUCAGGGAGCAGGCUAGGCCAGGCCGUUCCCGGACAACCCACUCCUCAUCUGUAGGACGUGGACGCCCGCUGCUGUGCUCCCCCCCCCCACUCUGGAGUUUGCAAAGCGGGGUUCACCGAUUCUCUUAAGGCACGGAGAUCUCAGUUGGCCUCCCGGAAAUGACCCCAAAUAAGGCAGGUUCGUGCAUUUGUGUGUGUGUUUUUGUAUCUCUGGAGAGAGACACAAACAUACAAAUCGGCUUUUUGCUGGCACGGGAAAAGAUCAUUACUGCACUUGAAAGAUUUCUCCCCCCCCCCCCCCACAAACCUCCAAACAUUCCAAUAAAGCACAUCGCUUUUAGAUUUUUUGGGGGUUUGGUUUUCCCACACACGCACAAUUUUUUUAGCCUUAAGUUUUGGGAUUUAUUUAUUUUUUUCCCUUUUGCUUCUUCUUUCUUAUGGCCCUAUUUUAGGAUUGUGGGAACAGUGCCUUUCCCCUUCCGUGCGGGGCACGGAAGGAAGAAAAUUAAACAUCUGGUCCGCAGCCAUAGAUUAGGCUUACGCUGGUGAGAUUGCAGUGGGUAGUUUAAAAGGGAGUUAUUGUUGCUAGUUGCGAAGUGGUGUCCGACCCAUCGCGACUCCAUGGACAACGUUCCUCCAGGCCUUCCUGUCCUCUAUCAUCCUCCGGAGUCC